AUGGAAUUUAAAAUAACUAAAUACUUACCAAGAUUUAAAGAAGAAUUACCACCAAUCAAUAGGCCAGCUCGUUCAACUAGUAGUAAAAUAAUUAAGAAUCUUAAAACUUCAAUUGAACAAACAGAAUUAUUAAAUAAAAUUGAUCCAUUGAUAUUGGUUGCUCAGUAUGAAAGAGAUAUCAAUCGAAUGAAAAUUAAUCACAACCAAAUGUUAGAGGAACUUUAUAAAGAAUUAGAAAUAUUAAGGUCCAAGAAUCGAGACCUUUUAGAUGAAUUGAUUAUCAUGAAUGGUGGAAACUAUUGUUGCAAGCAUUUAGAAAAUUUGAGUUUUGAUAUUUUAAAAUCUAAUGCAAGUGAUAAUCAAAAACAACUGAGUGAUAUAUUAAACAAUGCUAAAAUUCAUCAGAUAUCUACCGAAGACAUUAAAAAUGAUAAAAAUUACAACUAUAAAAAAGAACUGCCCGAGUUAAUAACUGCAGGGAAUAAGUUCAUAAGUAAAGAUAUUGAAAAUAAAUCAAAUUUACUUUUGCAAGACCAAUUAUUUAAAAGCAAUAAACUAAUUGAUUCACUUCGACAAGAAAAUAUUCAACAAAAGGCGGAGCUAAAUUCAUUAAAUUCAUUAUUAAAUAAAGGAUUGAAAAUAACUGGUGUUGGAUUGGAUAAUGGCCUGAUCAAAACAAACUUGAAUUCUGGCAAAAGAUUUCUAUCUUCGUUUUCUCAUCCUACUUUUUCUUACAUGGAUAUUAUGAGUUCAGAGGAAAGUUUACAGCCAGUCUCUAGGAAUGAAUAA